AUGCCCUUCCCUCUAAAAACUAUCUACGAGGACGCAAGCGAGGAAUGGGCGGACAACGAGGUUCAUCCCUACUACAACAUGCCCAUGGUAGCCGUGCGAGCCAGACCUCGUGUCCUCAUGCACUGCAACGUGUGCCGUGACACUGCUUCGCUUUUAAAUGUGAAGGUUAGUAUCGACAAAUGGAUUAACGCUGAAUAUUUCAUCUGGGAGAUGUCCGCGGGACUAGCUGACAGCGGUGUAUGCCCGCGGUGGACAGAGCUCUUCGAAGAACGAUAUAAGGAAAAGUGGGUGCAGGUCCAGAACGAGUUCGAGAGCCUAGCCGAUCUGCCCGAGAGAUUCCUUCACGAGGUUCCGGUCCCGCCUUUCCAGGUAGCAGAGGUGAAGAUCAAGGCUAAAAGAUUCCUGUACUUUUGGCGGCUCCGUGCCAACACAGGCCAACACAUGAUUGACACGAGCUUUUGGCAUCUUUGGAAGUUGAUUCUUCAGCAGGACUCGCCCGCUGUUGGCCAUUUUGAUGUUGUUCUCAAAGUGCCCUUACAUACUCCUGCCGGGGAGGAUCCUAUCGCUCCUUGGAACAUGUCUCUCCCAAACGACAAACAAUCGACCUGGUGUCAUCAGUCGUGA